AUGGCCAUUUCUCCUGUUAAAUCUCCCUACCCCUAUACUGCGCAUGCGCGGACACAAUCGACCGCGCAUGCGCAAUGUGGGGUAGGGAAAUUUCACAGGACAGACCCAAAUGGCUAUCAAAUUUCCCUACCCGAGUACUGCGCACGCGCGGACUCCCAUCCUUGGAUUAAAACAGGUCAGUCUCCCCCUGCUCCCAACACCCUCAGCCAUCCGAGGGGAGAUUACAGUAUAUUGGGGGGUCUGCAGUGUAUAGGGGGUCCGCAGUGUAUUGGGUGGAUCUGCGCAGUAUAUGGGGGCUGCGCUGUAUAUUGUGAGGUCUGUGAAGUAUAUUGGGGUGGCCUGUGUGUUAGAUGGAGGGGCUGUUUGUUACAUGUGGGGGGGCAGUGUAUUAUAUUUGGGGGCUGUGCGUUAGAUGGGGAGCUGUACAGUACGUGUGGCCUGUGUGUUAGAUGUGUACAACCCUAGUUUCACUGAAAAAUAUUUAUUUCAUAGAUAUCAUAUGCCAUGGCAUGCUUUUUGCUAUGAAACCGCAGCCAUCUAGUCACUCGCCAGAGAAGGAUGAGAAACUGCACCCCAGCGAGAGGGACAGCCCAACAUCUGCAACCAAAUCCGUCGGUCACCGAAUUCAGUAA